AUGCGUCUCCUACUCAUUUUCUUCUACUUCUCUACUUUUCUAUUUCCACUCUCUACCAGCGAUUUGAAAAUGAUAAAAAUCUUCGGAUACACCGACAUUCUUCAGUUACAAAAUUUUGAAAAUGUACAGAGCUGCAUUGAUGGGUGUUUUGAGCAGCCAAAUUGCCUAGCGGUACACUUCAAAUCUGUAUGUUCUCAUUAUUUUGUUAAUAACUAUUCAGUUACUGUCGUCGAAUCGGAUAGAAGCGAAGAGCAUUAUGUUGCAAUUAAGACAGAGUUGCCAGAAGCCACUUGUCCUGCCUCCUACAAGGAUAUCAAGUACUCUGUGACAUCUGACUCCGGAGAUAUAUAUUCUUGGAAGAAAACUGAUAAUGGAUGGAGCUAUCGACAAUGCAAUUUUGGUUGGAAAAGGUUUCAAAAAACCGAUACACUUGUAAUGUGUGUAAAAGUAAUGGUAGAUCAAGUAACUCAACAGGUUGCAAAGGAGAAAUGUAUCGAGCGAGGUGCAGUGCUAGCUAGAAUCGAAACCCCCGAGGAGUGCAAAUGGAAACAAGAUAUCGUAGCAAAUAAAUAUUUCGAAAAGGGAAUUUGGAUUGAUGGAAGAGCAGCAAGUGGUACAAGAAUAGAAAGUUGCGAUGACAAGUUUCCUGAGUUGGUUUCCUACGAGACAAGCGCUGGGGAUUGUUUGUAUACUGCCGCCUUCCGCCAUUCCGGAUAUUUUUAUGAUAUCAUAUAA